GACAUUGUCAGGGGCCGCCAGAUCAUCGCUUAUCCCACAUAAGCCAGUGGUUUAGAAGCUUUGUGUGUGGGACUGCUUGGAAGGAGAGGAAUCAGGAGGAGGGGAACUAGGUAGAAGCUUAGAAUAUUAGUCCAGGAAGGAAGUGAAGACCACAGUUAAGACCGUGAGGGUGGAGAGAAAAAGGAAUGACUUAGGACAGAGAAUCUGCACGGAGAUUGAUUGGAUUUGAGACACUGUCUCACAGUGUGGUUCUUUCAUCAGAAUUCUUUAGGUGUCCUUUUUUGGCCUGGGGAAGUUAAAAAUUUUCUUUUUUUCCUCUAAUCUCGAGUUUGGGCAUCACAUUGGGCAUGGAGCUUACUAAAAUAAAUGGUAAAAAUUUAAAAAAUUGUCUGGCAUUUUCAACUCUGCCCAGAGUCUUGCGGCAGUAAGUUUACAGAGCAGCGCUGAGUUGGCCUUUCUGCUUGCAGGAGUCCCAGAUGUACCUGUCCCUUUCUUUCCUCCUUUCCCUCCAAUCCUACCCAGACUUUAGGAUCCAGUUUGACUUCUCCUUCCUCUAUAGCCUGUUGCCCUUCUCAGUUUCCACAAUUAUUGUUCAUGUGAUUUGUCGGUUUGCAGUAGUAACUGGGUUAUUUACUACUUGGUUCUCUAAUCAGGAGUACAUAUCUUCAAGAUGGAGCCCCCCCAAAAAUGUUUUUCUAGAAACAUUGUGGACUGUAGCUUCUAACCAUACCUUGUCCAGUGUGAUUCAGAUAUGCCAAGGGAACCAUGCAGACUUCUUAUAGGGUGUUUUGUCUGUACUAGAAUUCUUGGUCUAUUUGUUUGCCUACCCCACAUAAGCUUAUUGAGGGUAGCACCAUCAUCAUGUUUUACUUUUGAGUCCUGAGAGCCAUAUAUGGUUACAAAGAUGCUAAUAAAUGAAUGAAUGCAUGUAUUUAUUUUGAUUGAAAGAGCUGAAGUCCUGGAUCUCUUCAUAACUUUGCAUCAGAUUGGUACCUUGUGCACCGUGGACACUCAUAUUUGUCUGCCUCACUGUUGCUCCGAAGACCUGCCUGUCGUCAGCCUGUAAUCACAGAGAUAUUGUUCCUUUUCCCAGUUGGAGGCCAGUAAAAGGCUGGUGAAAGAUGCUCCUUGGGAUGAAGUCCCGCUUGCUCACUCCCUGGUUGGUUUUGCCACUGCCUACGACUUCUUGUACAACUACUUGAGCAAGACACAACAGGAGAAGUUUCUUGAAGUGAUUGCCAAUGUCUCGGGAUAUAUGUAUGAAACUUCCUACAGGAGAGGAUGGGGAUUUCAGUACCUGCACAAUCAUCAGCCCACCAACUGCAUGGCCUUGCUCACAGGAAGCCUGGUUCUGAUGAAUCAAGGGUAUCUUCAAGAAGCCUACCUAUGGACCAAACAAGUUCUGACCAUCAUGGAGAAGUCUCUGGUCUUGCUCCGAGAGGUGACAGACGGUUCCCUCUACGAAGGAGUUGCCUACGGAAGCUAUACCACUAGGUCCCUCUUCCAGUAUAUGUUUCUUGUUCAGAGGCACUUUGACAUCAACCACUUUGGUCACCCAUGGCUUAAACAACACUUUGCAUUUAUGUAUAGAACCAUCCUACCAGGGUUUCAAAGAACCGUGGCUAUUGCAGACUCAAAUUACAACUGGUUUUAUGGUCCAGAAAGCCAAUUAGUGUUCCUGGAUAAAUUUGUCAUGCGUAACGGCAGUGGUAACUGGCUCGCUGACCAGAUCAGGAGGAACCGGGUGACUGAAGGUCCGGGGACACCGUCCAAAGGGCAGCGCUGGUGUACUCUUCACACGGAAUUUCUCUGGUAUGACGCCAGCUUGAAAUCUGUUCCUCCCCCAGAUUUUGGCACCCCCACGUUGCAUUAUUUUGAAGACUGGGGUGUUGUGACUUACGGAAGUGCACUGCCCGCAGAAAUCAAUAGAUCUUUUCUUUCCUUCAAGUCGGGAAAACUCGGGGGCCGUGCAAUAUAUGACAUUGUGCACAGAAACAAAUACAAAGAGUGGAUCAAAGGAUGGAGGAAUUUUAAUGCAGGGCAUGAACAUCCUGAUCAAAACUCAUUUACUUUUGCUCCCAAUGGUGUGCCUUUCAUUACGGAGGCUCUCUAUGGGCCAAAGUACACCUUCUUCAACAACGUUUUGAUGUUCUCGCCAGCUGUGUCCAAGAGCUGCUUUUCUCCCUGGGAGGGUCAGGUCACGGAAGACUGCUCUUCAAAAUGGUCUAAGUACAAGCAGGACCUGGCAGCCAGCUGUCAGGGGAGAGUGGUUGCAGCAGAGGAGAAAAACGGAGUGGUUUUCAUCCGAGGAGAAGGGGUGGGAGCUUAUAACCCCCGGCUGGAUCUCAAGAACGUUCAGAGGAAUCUGAUCCUCCUGCACCCCCAGCUGCUGCUCCUCGUGGACCAGAUCCACCUGGGAGAGGAGAGCCCGCUGGAGAGGGCAGCAAGCUUCUUCCACAACGUGGACGUUCCCUUCGAGGAAACAGUGGUAGAUGGGGUCCACGGGGCUUUCAUCCGGCAGCGGGACGGUCUCUACAAAAUGUACUGGAUGGACGAUACCGGCUACAGUGAGAAAGCAACCUUUGCUUCCGCGACGUACCCUCGGGGCUACCCCUACAACGGGACGAACUACGUGAACGUCACUGUGCACCUGCGGAGCCCCAUCACCAGGACAGCUUACCUCUUCAUAGGGCCGUCUGUCGACGUCCAGAGCUUCAGCAUCCACGGAGACUCGCAGCAGCUGGGCGUGUUCAUCGCCACCAGCCAGCAUGCCUACGCCGCUUACCUUUGGAGCGGAGAGAACACGGCGCAGCCAGCCUUCGCACAGGUCAUUGCCGAUCGGCGGAGGAUCCUGUUCGACCGGAGCUCGGCCAUCAAGAGCACCUCGGUGCCGGAGGUGAAGGACUACGCCGCUGUGGUGGACCAGAACCUGCAGCGUUUCAAGCCAGUGUUCCAGCAGCUGGAGAAGCAGAUCCUGUCCCGGGUCCGGAACACAGCUAGCUUUAGGAAGACCGCCGAGCGCCUGCUGAGGUUUUCAGACAAGAGGCAGACGGAGGAGGCCAUCGAUAGGAUUUUUGCCAUAUCACAGCAGCAGCAACAGCAAAGCAAGUCAAAGAGAAACCGGAGGGUAGGCAAACGCUAUAAAUUUGUGGACGCCGUCCCCGAUAUUUUUGCACAGAUCGAAGUCAAUGAAAAAAAGAUUCGACAGAAGGCUCAGAUUUUGGCACAGAAAGAACUGCCCAUCGAUGAAGAUGAAGAAAUGAAAGACCUUUUAGAUUUUGCAGAUGUGACGUAUGAGAAACACAAAAACGGUGGCUCCCUGAAGGGCCGGUUUGGACAGGCCCGGAUGAUGACAACAACUCGCAGCCGGGCCCCGUCACUGUCGUCCUCCUAUACCAGACUGUUCCUGAUCCUGAACAUUGCUAUUUUCUUUGUCAUGUUGGCAAUGCAACUGACUUAUUUCCAGAGGGCCCAGAGCCUGCAUGGCCAAAGAUGUCUUUAUGCAGUCCUUCUAAUAGAUAGCUGUAUUUUAUUGUGGUUGUACUCUUCUUGUUCCCAAUCACAGUGUUAGCAUUAAAGCUAUCCAUUGUUUGA